AUGGGGUUUGGGAUGAGCGGUGACGGUAAAAUGCUGGGAUUUAGAGUAAACCCAAAACACAAGCGUUCAAAAAGCUUUCCAGAGAAGAGAGGAGUGCAGGAAGAUGAUUUGGAUAGUUUGUAUGAAGCAUCAGACCGAGUAAAGCUGGAUAUGGGGCAAUUCAAGGGCCGCGCUACAACCAAGAAGAAACAAUCUCCUACUGUGGAAGUGCACAGCUCUUUAAAGCAAGAGAUUCUACAGCUUGAGAAAAGAUUACAAGAUCAAUUCAAUGUCCGCCAUGCUUUAGAAAAAGCAUUGGGUUAUAGAUCUUCUAUCCUUCACAACACAAAUGAAAUUUCUAUGCCUAAGCCAGCCACAGAAUUGAUUAAGGAGAUUGCAGUAUUGGAAUUGGAAGUUGUUCAUUUAGAACAAUACCUUCUCUCUUUGUAUCGGAAAGCAUUUGAUGGACAAUUGUCCUCUGUUUCCCCAUCUAAGAAGGAUGAACAACUAAAACCAACUCUAACAACCCCAAGAAGCAGGUCCCUGGAAGUUUCCGAACCUGAAAUGCCAUCGAAGAGGGAAAAUUUAGCAGUUCAAUCUGGUGGUCAGUCACUUGAAAAUUCAUGGAAGGGAACUAAUGGAAUUGGAGGAGAAGAAAAUCUAUUCGAUUCUGGUGUUCACCGUUGCCACUCCUCACUUUCGCAACGUUCUGCAUUCUUAUCUAGAACUUCUCCUCCAGAAGAGUGUUUGUCGAAAGCUUUGCGUUCGUGUCAUUCUCAACCGUUAUCCAUGAUGGAGUAUGCUCAGAAUACUUCAUCAAAUGUAAUUAGUCUGGCAGAGCAUCUUGGUACACGCAUUGCUGAUCAUAUUCCAGAAACACCUAAUAGGCUUUCGGAGGACAUGAUCAAGUGCAUGUCCACUAUAUAUUGCAAGCUUGCAGAACCACCCUUGACAAAUAAUGGCCUUUCAUCCCCCAAUUCAUCUUUGUCAUCAACAAGUGCAUUUUCUCCACGAGAUCAGAGUGAAAUGUGGAGUCCAACGUUCAGGAAUAAUUCAUCUUUUGAUGUACGAUUGGAUAAUCCUUUUCAUGUUGAAGGACUUAAAGAGUUUAGUGGGCCAUACAGCACAAUGGUUGAAGUGCCAUGGAUUUAUAGAGAUAGUAAAAAAUUAGGCGAUAUAGAGCACUUGCUACAACAUUUUAGGUCACUUAUCUGUCGUCUAGAGGAAGUAGACCCAAGAAAGUUGAAAAAUGAUGAGAAAUUAGCCUUCUGGAUUAAUGUACACAAUACGUUGGUGAUGCAUGCAUAUUUGGCUUAUGGGAUUCCACAAAACAAUGUAAAGAGGGUGUUUUUACUUUUAAAGGCUGCAUAUAACAUCGGUGGCCACACAAUCAGUGCAGACACAAUGCAGAGCUCUAUCCUUGAAUGCCGAAUGUCUCGCCCAGGACAGUGGCUUCGCUUGUUGCUUACUCCAAGGAACAAAUUCAAGACUGGGGAUGAACGGCAAGCAUAUGCCAUCGACCAUCCAGAACCCCUUCUUCACUUUGCACUUUGUUCAGGAAGCCAUUCUGAUCCUGCGGUUCGUGUAUACACACCCAAGAGAGUAUUUCAGGAACUGGAAGCUGCAAAAGAUGAGUACAUUCGAGCUACCUUUGGCGUGCGCAAGGACCACAAAAUUCUUCUGCCCAAGAUUGUUGAGGCAUUUGCGAAGAGUUCAGGUUUGUGUCCGGUUGGUGUUUUGGAGAUGAUCCAACAAUCAGUGCCUGAAUCUUUGAGGAAGAGCGUCAAGAAAUGCCAGCUUGUGAAAUCUCGUAAGAGCAUUGAGUGGAUUCCUCACAAUUUCACUUUUCGGUAUCUAAUUUCUAAAGAGCUGGUGAAGUGA